UAAUGACCUUUGGUACGAGACAAAGAAUGAGCUUCUGGAUGAGCAAAGCGCAAGGCUGAAGCAACAGAAAUAAACAGAUGAGCUACUCCACAUGAUUGAAGCUCGAUCUUAAACAGAAACGUAAAACAUGAAUCUGAUUUUAACUUUUAUGCAUUUUUCUAAAAACCUAUCACAUUUAUACUGAAUUCUCUUAAAGGUAGGACUAUGUUUUCCUUUAUCACGUCGUUCCUACCGACUUCCUACUUCUUACCAGAGUGGCUGAUUCAAGAUAUAAAUCCACUGAAUGGUUUCCUUCAAGGGCUGGUGGGGGCAUGUGGGAUCUCUGUGCUGUGCUCUCUGUUAAGAGUGCACAUAUUGUUAGAGGACAGCUGGAGUGUGAAAAAUGUCGAAGGAAAAUCGAGUGAGAAUGAAAGGACGACCGGUCACCAAAUAAAGACUAAAACUGGACUUGCUGGAAUGCUCCAUUUUGUCUUUGUGACUGGGGUACUGGCUGUCGUGGGGUAUCGUGUGGCAUCACUGGUAGUACUAGAAUUUUCCCUCCGGGCCAUUUCUGGAUUUGUUACAGCUGGACCGGAAUCCGGGAAUUUUCUAAAGCAGCUGUUAGUGCAAAGCCAGUUUUCUCUGGGUUGUGCCCUGAACUGUAGUUUGCACUUUCUCCAUGAGGGGGCAUCCCAACGCUGGCUAUGCUUGCUCCUAGCAGCAGCACUCAGCUGGUUCCUUGCAAGGCAGGCCACAGGCCUUCUGCAUCAUGUCACAGCUCUCUAUGAACUCCACAGCUCACAGCGCUACUGCGGCAUUUGCAUCAGCCUCCUCACAUCAGGCUGCUAUCUACUGCCCAUGCUGUGCAGGACUAUGAUAGUUACUUUCUUUGUGGCUGUGCUGGCAGCUGUAUCAAUCAUUAACCAACAGUUUCUAUCUGCAACGGAGGCCCUGAGGUUUUGGACACCACUGACCAUCUGCUACACAAUGUUGGUGGUGUACAUGCAGGAGGAGCAGCAUCGUCUGCCAAGCAGUCAGGCUGUCCUCACCACAGUAGUGGUGCGUCUUGGGGGUUUAAUGAUUCUGAUGCUGACGGUGGGACGCUGGGCUGACGUGCUUCACAUUCUAAUGUGCUUCCUGGGUGAGGCCAGCUGUUUAAUCCCCACAAAGGAUUUGCUGGAUGCAGCAUCCUCACAGGAUGAAGAGGAUUAUACAAAGUAUGUAAAGAGAAAACGUCAACAAAGAUGACCACAUCAGAAGGAGCAUCACCGCUAGCAUUACAC